CCAUCACUUUUCUUGUCUUCCAGAACAGAGAAUUUACGAGGAUACUCAGUCAAAGUUCACAAGCCCAUAACAAAUUACUUUUCAGCUGACUGUCGACUUUCCCAUCGAAUCAUCAACGAGUGGAAUUCAUUACCUCAGCACGUGAUUGAGGCUCAAUCCGUCGACUUUUUCGAAACAAAGUUGGAUCAAAUGAGAGACCAGGACUAACACAGGCCAUCAAGUUUCCUUUCCCUCCCAAACUGAAGCUGAAACUAAGAUUCUAGUCCCGGGCAUUACAAUGUUGUCGUUACUACGGUUAGCACGGUGUUCGUUGAGUAGUGGCUUCGUAACGUCAUUAUCACGAUCCCUUAGUGGUCAGCCGAAGAAAUGCGUGAAUAUCACAUUUGCUUGGAAGAACGGUCGUAAUAAGACCGUAUACGCGAAAAUAGGCGACAACUUAUUGGACGUUGUGUUAGAUAAUGAUGUUGAUAUUGACGGGUUCGGCGCUUGUGAAGGUACACUAGCAUGCUCAACCUGUCACCUCAUCUUUGCCAAGGAAGAUUUCGAUAAUCUGCGUGAUCCCUUAACGGAAGAAGAACAGGAUAUGCUAGAUUUAGCCUAUGGCUUGACUGACACAUCACGAUUAGGUUGUCAGGUCAAAGUCAAUGAGGACAUGGAUGGUAUAGUUGUGAACGUUCCAGAGUCAAUAUACGAUGCACGUGCGUAGGAUAGUAUUGAUAUUCGUUCUCCAACAUCAAAUUCUAUCGGACUGCCCUUUAGAAGUUAGUCUUCGGAGCGCUUUUAGGAAUGUGUAAAGUUGAAGUAUCUGAAGAUUGCGUGUUAAACAUCCACCGUACUUACCUGAUAUUUUAUCACAUAUACACUUGUUGUAACUGUUUAGGUAGUUUUCGGGUUGCAUUUUAUCGCUAUUAUUAUUUAUUUUCCUAUCUACAGUCCAUUUGUAAUUAGUGUUUCAUUAUUCAACUGCUUAAAACCUUUUUUGUAUAGAAAACUUAAUAAUAAAUAAACCUUUAUAGACAGGGAUUCCUGACUUUUUUUUCUUCCUUUUUGGUUGUAUAUAUUGCUACCUUUUUGUCAUUCAUCCAGUUGUCAGUAAAUUUGCUCUUACCACGUUGUCAUAGAAUUUGCUUAGUGCUACUCUCUAUGUGUAAUACUCAUGUAUUCAAUGUAAGCUUAUCAUUUUGUAAUAUGUCGAUGUAAAAUGCUUUUAUAUAGUCAUGGAGUUCGUACCUCAUUUAAUAAAGUGAAAUAUUUAACUAAUGGUGAAUCUACAUUUCAUAGUAUUAUAGCGUCAUUGAGCUCUUUCACUUCUAAGAAGUAUAGUACAAUAAUUGGUUGGAUCAAUAUUCAUCUAAGGAUUCAGUCAAAAAAUGCCAGUGAUAGAUUUGGAUAUCUUAUUUCUACUCUGAUGAAUUCAUUCAGCUUGUAAUACUCGGAACCAUUUGAUGGUGUCUGAAGAAGACAGAUAUAAAGUUACACAAGUCUGCCAAACCAAUUCUUACGAAAUCUCUUAAAUCAGAAAAUCCAGAAGAUUUUAAACAAAAACGAAAGAAUAAAAAUCUUUCCAAGUUAAAAAAAUAUAAGAAGCGUCAAUCGAAAAAGAAACAUUCAAGUAAACAAAUAACAAAUGAACGAAAAACAAAAACAUCCAAUGAAACACAAGAAGAGGCUUUAAACUAUCUAAGAAUAUGGCAUGAAGAUUAUGAAAAAUGGAAAUUUAAGAAACUUCUACAAUCCUGGUUAAUAAAAAAUGCAUUAGAUAGAAAAAUGGUUCCUAGUUCAGAGUUCCGAAUAUUUAAACAAUAUAUUAAAGGACUAGUUGGAUGUGCUCGACAGAAUUUAUUAAAUCAAUGCUCAAAGAUAAUGGAGGAACAAACUGAUGGGUUGGAGACAUGUACGGAACUUGUAAGUAGAGGAGAUAUGUUACCGGACAAUAUUAUUGGUCAGCAGAAGUCAGAAUAUUCAACUGCUAGAAAACGUGCAAAGAAAAUAUUUGCAGUUUUAUCAAAGACUUCUGAUGUUCAAUAAAUUUUUACAUAAUACUAAGAUUUUUAGUGUUAUUAAAUCCUUUGUAUGCAUCAAUCACUAUCAUAUACUUUGAAAUUAUUCAUAACAGGAUGUUACUAAACAAAUGUGUAGUAGUUCAUGACUCUAUAUACAUGCAAGUGGAACGGCGUCUAAGUAGUUCAGACGUCCGAACUUUAGCCACUAAGUUUCACGAUAAAAAGAAACAAGUAGUCUGGUAUGUUUUACAACUCUUAGUAAUAUGUACUGCUGAAAUAUGGAGUCAAGUUCUGAUUGUGUCAACCUAUUUAUCUUUCAAAAUCCCCAUUCUCUAUCAAAGUAAAACUGAUUUAAGAUGUGACAUAUCCCAUUAAAACAAAUUAUUACAACAGAGGCACAUCUUUCCCUGGGAACAGUAUAAAAAAAUCUAAACAUGGUUGUUAAGUAAACGAAGAUCCUACUUGGCGCUUUCAUAUGGCUAAUGCAAAUCAAGGUCAUAAAUAAUCUCUAUACCAAGAAA